AUGGCAAACGAUGGCAUUCACCAUGCUCCUGAACCCCUUAGCGACUCAAAAGUCUUCAACUUGGACGUGGAAGAGGGGACAGAGGUAAAGAGUUUUGACUAUGCAAAGAGGGCACAGUGGCUGAGAGCAGCUGUUUUGGGUGCCAAUGAUGGGUUGCUCUCAACAGCAUCUCUGAUGAUGGGUGUUGGAGCUGUGAGAAAGGAUGUUAAGAGCAUGAUGCUAACUGGGAUUGCUGGCUUGGUUGCUGGGGCAUGUAGCAUGGCCAUUGGAGAGUUUGUUUCUGUUUAUUCACAAUAUGAUAUUGAGCUGGCUCAGAUGAAGAGAGAGGGAAAGGUGGAUCAACAACAAAAGGAGAAGUUGCCUAACCCUUAUUAUGCUGCCUUUGCAUCUGCUCUUGCUUUUGCCCUUGGUGCAGGUGUGCCUCUACUUGGUGCAGCCUUUGUUAAAGACUACAAGGUGAGGUUGGGGGUAGUGGUGGCUGUUGUGAGCCUUGCCUUGUUGGUAUUUGGAGGGUUUGGUGCUUUUUUAGGGAAAGCACCCUUUGUGAAGUCAUCUUUGAGGGUUUUGAUUGGAGGAUGGCUAGCCAUGGCACUUACUUUUGGUUUAACCAAGCUUGUAGAUCAUGUUGGAGUUUGA